CGUUUAAAAACAAUAUUUUUCCGUUAGGAGUUCGUAUGGAUGAGUGAAAUAAAUUAAUCUGAACCUCUGCUGUAAGCAUCUGAAUAUCCACCAGUUUGAAUCUACAAUAUUUUGUUUCUAACGAUAAAAUCUGUGGAUUGCGAUCAGGUUUUAAAAAGACUCAAAAAUUCUGAAUAUUUUUCUUACAUCAACGGUGUUCCUUUUCAGGCAAAUAUGGUGCUGGGGCUUCCCUCAUUACUGAAAAUCGUCCUCACGGUUACAACAUCCGGAAAAAUCAAUGGAGAGCAUAUUGCCGAAAGACCGACCUUUGAACACAGUUUUGUUAAUGAUACCAGCGGCAUUGUUAUGACAAACGGUGGAUGCUACCCAGGAUGGAAAGAAUAUGGAGACUACUGCUACUUCUUUUCCGGCAACACUACAAACAACUUCGAGGGAGCUUAUAACAGUUGUCGUACUGCAUUGGAAGCCAAACCGGGAGCGCCCGUACCAGAUCUGGUGUCCGUAAAAAACUCCGUGGAGAAUGACUUAUUGGUAACUAUGCUGAAAAAUUUUGGACCGGCAUUUUGGAUUGGUCUUCGUCAAAAUCAGUCCUCAGGAUUUCUUUGGGCUGAUGGUCGACCGUACGUUUUUUCCCACUGGGGAGUACAGGAGGACCAAGCGACCAAUCUGUCAACUUGUGCAGCGCUGAUGAACGAAGACGCUCAAACCGGAUUCUGGAGGAAUCGGGACUGCAGCGAAAGCAACGGCUAUAUUUGCAAAGCUGCAAAAGAUUCGCGAUUGCCGUCCACGGUGCCAGAUGUUGAUUUGCGCUGCCCAAAGGGCUUCCGCUACAAGAAUGACAUUUGCUUCCUGGUUAAAAAAUUUAGAGAACCGGUCAGUUGGGAUGAAGCCGACACAAAGUGUCGGCUCUUUGGUGGCGUUUUGGCUACUAUCCGGGAUAUAUAUGAAAAUGCCCAGUUUCGCGUAGCAUUAAACUAUCUGGACUCUUCUGACACCGCUAAAGCAUGGAUGUCUACGGGAGCUGAAAAUUUCCGCCCGGCCAACACCAGCCGCCAGCAGUCUUUUCCCGGUUUGCUGGAGUCAUCAAAGAAUGUUGAAUCCUUUCAUGACCGAACGCCGUGUGCGUAUAUGCACAGCGGUGGCAAAUGGUUUAUAACAUCGUGUUCCAACAGUUUCUUAUACGCUUUGUGUGAGAAACGUUUUGACGAAGAAAUUAUUGAAGAUUUUAAUUUAACAACAAUUACACUAUAUCCUGCGACAAGUGACGGAUUUGUGAAUACGGAUAACUUCGUUUCCGGUCCCAUUAUUAGAACAACGGAGGUGGCGCCCAUCGAUGAUCCGUAUCCCGGACUGACAGCCGCAACCAUUUCAUGGAUUGUUUUCGGCUUACUGCUUUCGGUGGGCUUCGUCAGUUUUCUGAUUUAUGUGGUCUACACAGGAAGGAGUAUUUUUGUUACCCGAUACCUUAAUCGAGUAUCAGGAAGGAUCAAACGAAGCUUUUUAAAUAAUAUGCGUCGACAUCGCAGCACUGACCGCAAUGAACUAACUCUACAAGAUAUUGUGAUUGUGUAAUUUAAUACUUCUACUCGUAAUUAAUAACCUUCAACUGUUUCGUUCUUUUACGAUUAAAUCCGUAUUGGUAACGAUACAUUUAUAUCUAUAUCGCAGUUUUGUUAACAGCAGUAGUCAAACGAAACUAAUGCAGGAAACCGAAAAAGUAAACAAGAAGGGGAACAGAUUUAGCGACUGAUCGAGGGAAGAAUUUUUUUAUUUUGCGUUGUAAUACAUAAAUGUUGCUCGUUGGCAAAGUAUUACAAAAAAAUGAUGAGAGCUUAGUUUUAUUCAGAAAAGAUUUUUAAAAUUCGCUUGAUCAAGUCAAACUAAUGUAAGAGGAAAAGAUCAAAAUGUGCCCUUUGAAAUUAACUAUACUGCAUUGGUACCUGACUAUCCACAGCAAAAUCCCUGAAUAAAAAUUAAUAUACACUGCAAAUUAUCUUUCCUUUACAGAUUGAAAAUGAUUGAAAAUAAUCGUUUUGCUGACUUCGUUAAUAUUAUGAUUACAAGAAACAGCUUCGGCUUUGCCUCCGUGUUUCUUGUGAUCCACGGCCGGUUUGAAUGGAGAAUUCGUUAAGUUCAUUAAAUGUAUUAACAGCCUUAGCAGUUAUUGUACAGCGUCUUGAGGAAAGACUCUAGAAUCUAGAUUGGAUUGUUGAUGGGUCCCACCAAAAAAUUAUAAGUUUAACCACGCAUAGACUGGACUGUGAUAGAAAGAAGCUCGGUCACUCUUGCAUCUAAAGAUUCUCAUUGGAAAGGGGUGGUAGUUCGGUACUCACUCGUUUGGUGAUUUUUCGGGUAGGUUCGGUCACUAACUCGUCCAGUGAUUCUCGCAAUGGUGGUAGCUCGGUCACUCACUCAUCUCUCACUGGGUAGUGAUAGUAGUUUGGUCGCUCACUCGUUUAGAGAUUUUUCUUACUGGUCAGUGGUGGUAACU